UUGAAGUUGACGUUUCCCAUUUUUUGAGUUUUUUUUUUUUUUUUCCCUUGCAUUUUUUUCUCGUCGUCAUGGCACGUACUGUUCCAGUGGCUCCCAAGCCAAAGCUUUUUGACGAGUACGAGAUGCCUACGAGUGCAGCACACAAGGCGCGUAUCUGUUCCUUGCAAAUGCUGGUGAAGGAGCAGCCAGUUGAGCGUUAUACCAGUGUCUUACAAAAGAGGCGCUUUCGAGCUGCUUUCGACGACGUCGCAUGGGAACAAAACCUGCGAAAGGUCUACGAGGAUACAGAUUAUCACCAGCUCAAACAUUUCGAUAUCGAUCCCAUGCCACUCAACGAGCCUUCGUUUGAACUGCUUUUGUCAACGGUGGACGACAUCAUCGAGACUAGCUCAAUGGAAAAUGUUGCAACAGCGUCGGACGAAGAUAAAACAACACUAAUCGACGCAGUGAUGCGAGCUGUUUGCCGCGAAUGUACCAGCCAAACAAAGAUUGAGCGCCAUGUUUUGUUCAAGGGCAAAGCUCUGGAGUCCUUCGGUCGAGUGGAUUUGCUUCGUGAUGGAAACCUCGAAAACGCGAUCGUUGUGGAAUGCGACGAACAAAACUUUGACAAGGGGAUCGCACGGAUGGUCAUCACUGCGGAGACGGCUUUGCUCGAACGGUUGGAAAAAGACCCUCAGAUGGACGAGCAUAUCUAUGGGAUUGUAUCGGAUUUGUUGACGUGGCAAGUGAUGGAGGUGGGAGCUGAAGGAGCACGAUUCUGCAAGCUGAAAGUGGAUGAAAGUGAGAAAGAGGACGGUCUCCGCUGUGUUGUCGGAGCGCUGGCAGCUUUGCUGCAGGGCAAAGAAGCACGUGACGCGUAGGGUGGUUGGUAGUAUGUCAACAUUGUCCGAGGUGUUAAUUUUCAAAAAUAAAAAAAAAUCACAUUGAAAGACAAA